GGUGCUUUUCCGACGGGAUACAAUAACAACUUGUUAACAACAACUUGCACGGUCUCUAACAGAGUACGGAGAAGAGCAACGGUUCCAUUGUGGCUCAUCCUUAUUGUAGCUAGCAUCACACAGGUGCUUUUCCGACGGGAUACAAUAACAACUUGUUAACAACAACUUGCACGGUCUCUAACAGAGUACUGAGAAGAGCAGCGGUCGGUAGGCGAGAUCUGCCGCGUCACAGAAGAACCACACUAAAACCGGACAGAAAAACCCCAACUCAAAAUCUGUCAGACCAUCGGAGAAGUGAACUCGAACGAACCUGAGAGGAAACGGAGCCUUUGUUUUCGGAAGCAGCAGGGGGAAAGAUGAUGAGUUUUCUGCCAUACUUCUCAGCUGAGACCUGGACCCUCCUGGCCCUCCUCAUCACCCUCAUUGUAGUGUAUGGGUACUGGCCCUAUGGUGUAUUCACUAAGAUGGGUAUCCCUGGUCCCAAACCCCUACCUUACUUUGGCACAAUGAUGGAGUACAGAAAGGGUUUCACUAACUUUGACACAGAGUGCUUUCAGAAGUACGGGAGAAUCUGGGGGAUCUAUGAUGGGAGGCAGCCUGUUCUGUGUAUCAUGGACAAAAGCAUGAUCAAGACCGUCCUGAUUAAAGAGUGUUACAACAUCUUCACCAACCGCAGGAACUUACGUCUCAACGGCGAGAUGUUUGAUUCGUUGUUCGUUGCCGAGGACGAUACAUGGAGACGGAUCCGCAGUGUCCUCUCACCUUCCUUUACCUCUGGACGACUGAAAGAGAUGUUUGGUAUCAUGAAGCAGCACUCUGCUAACCUGCUGAACGGAAUGAAGAAGCAGGCAGAUAAAGACCAGACCAUCGAUGUGAAGGAGUUCUUUGGGCCCUACAGUAUGGACGUGGUCACCAGCACAGCUUUCAGUGUGGACAUUGACUCUCUGAACAACCCUUCAGACCCCUUCGUCUCCAACGUCAAGAAGAUGCUCAAGUUUGACCUGUUCCACCCACUGUUGCUACUAAUCUUUUUGUUUCCCUUCACUGGUCCGAUCUUGGAGAAGAUGAAGUUUUCUUUCGUCCCAACUGCGGUGUUCAACUUCUUUUACGCCUCGCUGGCUAAGAUCAAAUCUGGACGUGACACCGGAUUUGACCUCAUUUCUUUCUGCUUCCAGAGUCGGGUGGAUUUCUUACAGCUGAUGAUCGACUCUCAGAAAGGCAGCGACACAAAGACAGGAGAGGAACAGACUAAAGGACUGACUGAUCAUGAGAUCUUGUCUCAGGCCAUGAUCUUCAUCUUCGCUGGCUACGAGACCAGCAGCAGUACUAUGAGUUUCCUGGCCUAUAACCUGGCAACCAACCCCCAUGUCAUGACCAAACUGCAGGAGGAGAUAGAUACUGUGUUCCCCAACAAGGCUCCAAUCCAGUACGAAGCUCUGAUGCAGAUGGACUAUUUGGACUGUGUGUUGAACGAGUCUCUGAGACUGUACCCCAUCGCCCCGCGACUGGAGAGGGUCGCCAAGAAGACGGUGGAGAUCAACGGCAUCGUCAUCCCCAAAGACUGCAUUGUCCUGGUUCCCACGUGGACCCUCCACCGUGACCCAGAGAUCUGGUCCGACCCUGAGGAGUUCAAACCAGAGAGGUUCAGUAAGGAGAACAAGGAGUCUAUUGAUCCGUACACGUACAUGCCGUUUGGAGCGGGGCCCAGGAACUGUAUCGGGAUGCGCUUCGCCCUGAUCAUGAUCAAACUGGCCAUGGUCGAGAUCCUCCAGAGUUUCACUUUCUCCGUCUGCGACGAGACCGAGAUCCCUCUGGAGAUGGACAACCAGGGUCUGCUGAUGCCAAAACGACCAAUCAAACUGAGGCUGGAGGCCCGUAGAAACACCCCUAGCAACACCACCGCUACCACUCUGAAGAGUCCAACAACGUGACCAAAUGCAGGAGCACCCCACCCUACCCUACCUUGGAGUACCUCUCUCUCUCUCUCUUCCCCCUCUUCUCCCCCCCCCACACAAAAGGGCUUUACUACAAGCAGAAAUACUCCCCCGCUAAUAAACAUUUCUGGAAUCUUUUAUUUCAGCUCAUGAAACAUUUUUGUUCAACAGCCUCUCUAUCUAUCUAUCUAUCUAUCUAUCUAUCUAUCUAUCUAUCUAUCUGUCGAUCGGCUACUGAAUAUUCAGUCCUUAUCCUAACCCUGCUAUAGGCUACUGAAUAUUCAGUCCUUAUCCUGACCCUGCUAUAGGCUACUGAAUAUUCAGUCCUUAUCCUAACCCUGCUAUAGGCUACUGAAUAUUCAGUCCUUAUCCUGACCCUGCUAUAGGCUACUGAAUAUUCAGUCCUUAUCCUGACCCUGCUAUAGGCUACUGAAUAUUCAGGCCUUAUCCUGACCCUGAUAUAGGCUACUGAAUAUUCAGGCUGGGAUUCAAUAGGCUACUUAAUAUAAUAUGAUAAUAAGAACUGCAUUCACGAUAAAUGUUCAGUUCAGUCAGAUCAAUCAGAAAUGACCUUUAAAAUGGCACAUAGCUGACAAAGUGCUGGGAUUGAAUCCUGGUCUCAGUCUCAUGCUUGGUUUGAGUAGGACUCAGAAACCCAUUUCCACCAGGUAAAAGAGAGAUAGUAAUACUAUGGAUGCAUUAGAGGUACAUGUCUUGUUAAAGUUAGACACCAGGGGGUAUUAAAUCCAUGGCAUGAUGUCAUGUCUGGAUCCUGCACACUGGUGGCUGGUGGCUGGAAUUCUCCUAGAAUGUAGAACUCUGCCUGGUGUUCUCUAGAACUGUACUCUCAUUCUGUUCCUCUGGGUGUUCUACUGUCCAGUCAUUCCAAAAUAGAAUCUUUACUGUCUGUUGAGAUGAUCCCUGCAGCUGCUUGGUUUUAACUUUAAUCAUCACAAACCAAUAAAAUCAUCACACUAAUGAACAA